AAGCAGAGCUGUAUUCAUGGUUUCCCCUCCGUAAGAGAAGUGCAUUUAGAUAAGACAAAAGGAUUUUACAGAAAGAAAGAAGCAAAGGAAGAAAAAAGAAGGAAAGAAAAGAGAGGGAGAGAGAAAGAGGCUGUACACAUUUAACAGGAUUUUUCUAAAAGCAUUCCAACAAUCUGAGGAGGAGUUAUCUCAGAUCAGCAUCUUGCAAGAUGUUUUACAAGGACUCAGCUCACUGACCUCUGAUGAAGAGAUGGCUUAACACGGAAUAUUUUUGCUGCUUUAGAGCAAAAUUCUUUCUUCCUUUAAGACAGUUUUUUUCCUGACUGAAGUAACUUUAAAGUCACUUUUCAAAGAGAUUUCAGCACCUCCUUUGCAGGAUAUGUGAAUUUCAAAGAUAUUUCUUUCAUCCUAAAAACCUUUAAGGCAAAGUGCUUUUUAAAGUUCACUGGAUGUAAACAAACCCCAGACAAGCAUUAACCCUUUACUUUAAAUUAUAAAUGCUUUUGGGCAACUAAUUUAUACUUUAAUUUAUUAAGCUUUGAAAAGACAGCUGUUCACGCUAGCUGUUGAAUUUGAAGUUGAUUCUGUGUAAAUUGAACUUCUGGUCAAUGAACAGUUUUUAGGCUUCAGCUGAAUUUUCCCACAGAUUUGACAAGCUGCUGUUGUACAGUUUGCACAGAUAUUUACAAUUUUAGCAUCUGGGUGGAAGAGAGAAAAAGAAGGAAAGACAGAUGACUCAGAAAGAAGGAGGAACAGAGCAGGGGCGCCUUAAAACUGAGGAAAGCCUAGGGACCAAAACCAUGGCUGGGGCCCCCAUGGCUGGUGGAGGAGUGGUGGUGGAGGUUCGGGAGAAGAAGGGAACUCUCCGGGCUGCAAUACCCACAAUGCCUUUCCCCGUGGCUGUCAUUUGUCUUUUCCUAAACACCUUCAUACCUGGGCUUGGAACCUUCGUCUCAGCGUUCACCGUGCUGUGCGGCGCACGCAGCGAGCUGAUCGCAGAGAGAGGCGUGUGCUGCGUGUUCUGGCUCAACGUGGCAGCUGCCCUCAUCCAGAUCCUGACAGCCGUCAUAAUGGUUGGAUGGAUCAUGAGCAUCUUCUGGGGAAUGGACAUGGUCAUCCUGGCGAGAGUGACGCCUGAACUGGCUCCAGCACAGAGAAAGAGUCUCUAUCCCCCCAGUGAGCCGAGGCAGCCUUUGAAUUAGUGCAGAACUGCCUCCUUUGUGAACAUGCUUUCUGACGGCUGUAGAGACCAAGGUAUCCCUCAAGAUGUUUGAGAUGUGUCUCUCUCACAUUCACUGACGGAUCGUAUGAAGCUGGCCCAACAAAACCACGAUGAAGGAAACCUUUUAACGACUUCUAACUUGAUAUUGAGUUGACAACAGCGUAUGGCAGCGACGUGUAAAAAAAAUGGAUAUGAAUUGACUGAGGCUGGCUGCUGAUUUGGUCGACACCAGACUGUGUUUGUGUUUAUAUUUAAAAAGAAUUUGGACAUUUAAAACAAAAAAAAGAUCAUUGUGUUUUAUCUAAGUGAGAAAGGAUUUUCUUGGCUUUUGUUUUUGUCAAAAAGGAAUAACUGCUAGUGCUUCAGCAUUAGCUUGAAAAAAUUGUGAAAAUCCAGUGAAAUUGUAAAUCCAACAACAACAGCAAAAAAUUACUUCAUAUGAUCAUAUGCUGUUUGUGAAAUUUGACAGGAGGCCAAAUCGUUGUUUCCACUGCUCAACUGGAAGCUGAGCAGCUGUGUGUUACAUUAUCUUUGGUUUCUCUUACGAGGUUUACUCUCCGCUUGUAGAGCUUUAGAUUAGCACAGGCUAGGGCAUUAGCAUCUUCUACUUGUACAUUUUGCAAUAUUUUUAAUCUCCCCAUUAAAUUUCACCACUGCUUAAAAAUCUCUUAGUGCUUUUUAUUGUUAUCAUGAUUAAAAGAAACAAACCAUUCAGUGGCAAACUAACAGCCAGUGCUAACUUUGUUAGCACAAGCUAAUGCUAGCACUUCACAGAAAGUGCUAGCAUGAACUCAGUGCAUUACCAAACAAACACAUCUUUCUCAAAUGUGUUUUUUAACAUUUAAAACUAUACUCUUUUUUUAUUAUUAUUUUAAUAAAUUCAUUACAAAAAUGUUUGCUAAGCUGACCUUGGUAGUUCAAAUAUGCUUGUUUAAGUUUUCUUUCCAAAAGGAUUCAUCUUUCCUCAUUAUUUGAUUUGAAUUUUCACACAUCCUAAAUGUGUAAAUCUGUGCCAAUGGGAUUUUACACAUUAUUCAAGCUUCAAAUCUAAUUAGCAAGUCUUAAAAUAGCAGCUCAUUGCGCUUGACGAGGCCACAACCCCGUCUGUCACUUUAAAGAAAAGACUAAGCCUGAGAGAUUGUGGUUGGUUACAGGUCUGCACUGUCAUAAAUACAACACUCCCAAUGUUGGAGACUGAAGAUGGAACGGUAACCACCAAAGGAAUCUGAGAGGGCAUUGGGUUAAAAGUGAGAAAAGUCUAUAAACUAUUCUCAAUCAUCCACCAGAAGGUUCCCUUGGAAUCGUUGCUCUGAACAAGAGCUUUCUCAUGGUCGCCAGAUAGUGGCCUGCGUUGUUGGUUUGUUUCCAGGAACUUUAUCAGAGGUCAAAGAGCAUUCUGAAACCAAAUAGCUUCACCAAACUUGAGCAGUAAAAACUCCAGGAUCCAGAGCCAGAUCAGGGUCAAAAGCUAAUAACGUCUGGAUCUGCCUCAUAUUCAUACUGUCUUGUUUAUUAUUUUUGAGUAAGUGCGCCACUGGGUCACUUUGGCUUGACUGCGAUUAAAAGGAAUGCCACAAAUCAAAACCUCUGUGAGCUUGUUUGCUAAAAAUGUUUAAAAAGUACGUAAAGUGUGCUCAGAGGUCAAGCAUGAGCUGACUCGAGCCAAGUGAAAGUUUGGGUUUUGAGUUUACUUAGCAAAUUUAUUCUAGAUAAUAGCCUGUUUUUCUAUUUAAAUCUAUACACAAGCUGAGAAUAAUGUGAUACACCGUGGACACAGAUUAUCACAGUUUGCUGCUUUGCAACUCAUAGGAUCUGAUGAAGUUGUAACUACUCCAAUUAACACAUAGCAACAGUGUGAAUGUAUUGAAAUUUGAUAGUGUUUUAUUCAAAAUAUAUUUGUAUACUGAACUCAGAGUUUCUUCAUUUGGUCAAAGCAUAGUGUCAUUUUAAAACUGGCUAAUAAUCCUGGCAUUAACAGAUAUUGCUUCCUGCCACUGUAACAUAGUAUGUUAAGUAGUGGGGUAUUAUGCAGGACAGACAAAACGGCUAUAAAACAUAAUGAUUAAAUUAGUAAUUGUGUCAGCUGCAUCAAACCUAAUGUGAAUAUUUCAGGUUUAGUUCCUGUACAUUUUAUGUGUUGUCUGCAUUUUUAACCAAAUGCCUUUUCAAUGCCGUGUUUUGUAUAUAAAACAAAACAAAACCAUGUUUUUAUGUCUUUUUAUGUUGUACAGUGUUUAUAUGCAAGAAAAUGAUAAUGACAAUAACGAUGAAUGAUGUCUGUAAAGGUGAUAUUAUUCUAUGCCUUACAAUUGAUCCAUGUUCUCUUAAGUGAGUGUUACUGACGUGUCUUCAUUUUAUUUAGAUUUAGAAGCAGUUUAAGCAUCCAGAUCAAACAUAACACUGUAAGUAUAUAUUUAGUAACUUCUGGUAUGUGUCAUGGGAGUCCUUGUAUCGUUGUUUAAUAAUGACGUUGUGCUAGAGUUUUUGGCCAUGUAGUGCUGUGAAAAAGUAUUUGGCUCCCUCUAUCUUUGCUUUUCGGUUACGUUUAAAUAUUUUAGAUGAGCAAAUUUUCUAUUAUUUUUUUUUUGUCAGACAAAGCUAACCUGAGUAAUUACAAAAUCUUGUUUUUAACUUAUUAUUUUGUGUUUCAAUGGAAGAAAGCUACACAAAACAAGCUGUUGGAUUGGACAGCUUUUGUCACUUGGCUCCAUAGAAUAUUUUCUUUAUGAGUGGACUUUUUUUUUUUUUGCCAUCAAUUGAAUGCAUAUAAUGAUGUGUGCUUGCAAAUACAAAUGGAGAUUUCAGAACUUUAAGUCAGAGUUUCAGCUUAUUUCUGUGGCACUAGGAUAAACAUAAGCAGCUUGAGGAAUCAUGCAAUAAAUAGUCACCCUAAUAUUGAACUUUCGUCAUUUGCAGCUCAGUGUGUGUGGACAUUAAUUACUGAAUUAUGCAUGUUUUUUUUUUUUCUAUUGAAAUCACAAAUGUAUUCGUUUUUCCUGCUCGUAAAUUCAACCGCGGUGGGGACAAGAGCGUUUCUGUUUUUCCUGCAGCAACCAUGUGGUCAGCCUUAGCUUCAGUUGUAUGUUCAGUUUUUUUAUGAUUGCAAAUAAAGUGUGAAUUUAU